GCCACUUGUUCAGUCGUCCCAACUGUCACCAAACAUUUGCAGGUUGAACCGGUCAUAGCGAACAUGCUGUCCUGGACAGCGGUAUUUUUGGCAGGUUUACUUGGAACGGUGCUGAGCAAUGACAGGCCACCGGAUCCCAGAAACUUUCAAACUUUUGAUACAGCCCAGAAACGCGCGGGAGAAAACAUGUGCCCCUAUAUUGUCAAAGGAUCGAAAAAGUUGCCUGUGAUUUGUUGGAUGUGUCACUUCCCGCAUGGACUGAGACCAGACACCCGUUAUGUGUACGAUUGUUGCCCUGGUUAUUCAAAGAGUGAUAUUAUUCCAAAUCAAUGCGUUCAACGGGAUCCUACAUGGAAAGAUUUGCUCACAUUCCUAGAGGACAACGGAAACUCGAAUACGGCUCGGGCUCUCAAAGAAAACACGGCCAUCCAAGACUUGCAAGCAAAACCAUCACAAAAAGUUUACACUGUAUUCGUUCCACAAAACGACGAGGACAUAAAAAAUGCAGAACUGGACUAUACCGGACGUGAUAAUUCUGCAAGGACUUUGGUCGCACAAGGACGCCACUAUUCUCCAAGCUUUGUUAAUGGAGCUAAAAUUCCGAACGAGAACGCAGUGGACCUGAAGAUAACCAGUUACUCGACUGGAUUGACUUUCGUCGAAUGCAGGAUGCUGAUGAGCACGGAUCAUGAAACUACAAAUGGAUUAAUACACUACACAGACGGGGCUUUACCGGCGACAGGAAAGUAUCCUUCCGUAAUGGACCGCCUUCAAGCUGAACCAGAUAUAUCAAACUUUGUCCAAGCAUUGCCACCUGACACCAAAAAUGCUCUGAGUAGACGUGAUUCCCGAGAGUUGUACACGGUGUUUGCUCCGACCAACGAUGCUUGGAACGAUGCGGUAAAACGUCUUGGACCUGGUGCAUCUGUUGCUUCCCUGGCCAACCACCACGUCCUUAAUAAAAUGAUCUGUUCCGGAGCAAUCAUUCAAGAAUCCAAUGAUGUUGGACCGACACAAGCUGCCGACUACAUUAAACUAACCCUUACUUCUGAUGGCAACCCAGCGGUAUUAGAUGCAUGCAGUCAACAGAUUCCUUUCCUUAAGAAGGAUCUUAUGUCAAAAACUGGUGUUGUACACAUCAUUGAACGGGUGGCAACCUCCCUUCUGCCCCUCAGUCUCAAUGAGGCAAUCAACUGCAUUGCGCAGGGUCCGCAACACAAACUUUUGCAAUCUGCGCGUGAAAUCAAAGACUGCGAUGUGGUGAAAAACACAAAAGCCAAUGUGAUUCUAAUGCCAGACGAGGAGGCCUUUAAAUGGCUAACCUUGAAAAGAAAUCAGCUCGAAGAGGCAAAACGAAUGCUAGCUGACAGGAAGUACAAGUGUCAAGUAUAUGCCCACCACAUGCUUACGGACAAAAUGAUGAAACAACCAUUUAAGUUCAACGGCUUUGGACAAGAAUAUCGAUUUGAGACCGACUACAGAGCCCCCAAUGGAGAACAUCCACCCGUUUUCAGUCAUUAUGUCACAGGGCGAGAUGGACGAAGGCUCAAUUUCAAUGCGGCUCAAACAAGAAACAGAAAACCAAUGAUCUUCCGAGAUGGCGUCAUCUAUCCCGUUCAGAAACUGAAUUUCCCUCCAGAUAGAAACAUGAUACAUGUUAUAGAAAAUGAACCAAACUUGACGAAAGUAGCUGAAAAGAUCAAAUCGACGGGUAUGCAACAAGAGUUUGCAAAGAUGGAGGGCAAAACAUUGUUUUUGGCGCCAAUCGACAUGGGAUGGAAAACCAGGGAUUUGGAGAAUGGAUACACAAUUGACCAAACCAGAAAACUGCUUCAGUUGCACACAAUUCCACAUGCUUUAUUUGGUGGUGAGGAGGGGUUUCUGCGAAGAGCUUCCGUUCAGACGGUGGAUACACUGCUUCCGGAGAGGGGUGGAGGCUACGUGAAACUGACCAUAAAAGUUCAACCCGAUGGAAAUACUCUAAUUGGGCAUCCGGAAAUCUCAGAAGACUUAUGGGCAAUGGUUCUCAAGUGGAACAAAGUUGGGACCGAUGGCGUCGUCUGGGUCAUAGACUGGCCAAUUAAAUGCCCCUAUCUAGCAUGUUGAUUGUUCCCACUCGAAUGUCUCGAGUAAUGCAUUCAAAAUAUUCUGAAACUUGAUUUUACACCCGACAUAAAUAAUUGCACGCCAUUGCUUCCUAUAAUAGCUCUCUGGAUGAAUAAAUGAUCAUACCAAAUCUUCCGAAAUU